AUGGACGACGAUCCCAAUUCGUCCUAUAUGCGACGUCCCUCGGGACCCUACUCAUCCGAACCACCUGCACCGCCCCCGAACAGACCUUCCUCCCGCUCGUCGCGGCCUGGGUCUCGAACUCGAAUGGUAAAGCCUUCUGGGGCAGUCACAUCCCCUAGCUUGGGGGUGCUUACAGAAAAUGUGGCGAACUUGCCGGAGGGGUUUGGGCCUACCAGUCCCAUCAAAGAAGGACUGGGGAGCUUGAACCGUUGGUCCCAAUCCACAGCCUCCAGCAAAAGCCCAUCAGAGUAUAACGGGCAUCACCGCCGGGGAAGCUCGAAGAUGUCAUUUUCAGGCUACCGUCACAGUCCGCAACGUGCGCCGUUGAAUGGACCUCCGAUUCUCGACCUUCCAGAACUGGAGAACUCUGCCGUAUUUAACAACGACCCAACAUCGCACAACCUCGACCUCUCAUUCACAGCGUCGAGCAGCCUCUUUCAACCUGCGCAUACUAUGAAAGACACCCAGGAUCACUCUGUGGCUCGAAAUAGUGGGGGAUUCAUUACAUUCAACGAAGCAGAAGGGGACCCAGAGAGCCGACAACAUGGGCAAACUCAGAAAGCCAUGCUGUCCAAGGCUCUUCAAAAGGCAAACACAGCAGUUCUACUGGACAACGCUGCCAAUUUUGAGGGUGCCAUGGAGGCUUAUACUGAUGCUUGCAACUUGUUGCAGCUUGUUAUGCUCCGUAGCAAUGGCGGAGACGAAGAGAAACAUAAACUUCAAGAAAUUCGGGAUACGUAUAUGAUACGGGUCACAGAGCUUCACCGUAUGGACUUUCCGCUCCCGGAGAGCGAUGACAAGGCUCUCCCGGAGCGACCCCUCAGUCAAGAGUCAUACGGAGAGCUUCUUCAUUUCGCCAAUGAUGAACCUAAUAAUGAGAGCCAACAGAGUUCUGCUCAUUCAAGCUUCGGGUUCCACCAAGUUCCAUUUGAAGAUACAAAGGGAUUCUCUCUAGAAUCCAUCCCCCCACGGCGCCAAUCCCUAAAGCCAUCUGCUCUAGAAGACCAACCUCGCUCUGUCACUUUGCCAGUGAACAACCAAGAGGAAAGCAAUGAGACCACUUCCUGGUUGGACACCAUUGAUGAAUCCGGUGCUUCUUCGCCGUCAUCCGCGAACUCCAAAGCAUCAUCAGUGUACCUUCGUCGCCGGACAAGCCGUCUUCUCAGCAAUGACACCGAGGCUGAGUUUGAUGCAGCUCUCGAUGCCGCCGUUGAAGCUGCAUAUGACGAAGGCCUGGAGCCAGUGCUGGAGUACAAGGAAGAGGAAAGUGGCGAUGAUGUAGUUUCAAAUGCUCGCAGGAACAUCGAGUUGGCGAAACGAAGAGUGCGUGAGGCAGAACUAGAGGCCGAAGCAAUGGACCGUGAGCGCGAACUGCGCCGUGUUCAUGAGCAAACAACUUUGGGUAAUGAUCCGAAUGCCCGUACCUCGGCAUAUCUGGACGAUGAAGCAGAGGAAGAAGAACGACUAUUGGAGGAAAUGACCAAGGGUUAUGUAAUGGAUGACUUUGAAUUCGGCCUCCAGUCCAAGUCAGCUCUUCCUCGCGAAUCAGAUUCAAGCAAUGUCUCUGGAAGAACCUGGGAAAGCUCCGGAACGUCCAAUGCUGCAAGCAUCGGAGGCGCGGCAGCACUAUCUACCCUUGAAGAGGAUGAUGUCUUACCAUUAGACAAUCUCAGACCCGAACCAUACACCAUGCCCUCUGCUCCGCCGUCUUCGGCAUUGCCACCCCUGCCAGUAUCGUCUGAUUUCCCAGCUCCUUCUAAGCGGGCCUCGAUAUCAAACCGCGCUGGAUCAAUCGGCUCUCUCGCCUCUUCCACGGGGCCAGGAGUCCGAGCCCGGAGACUAUCUGGCCAGACUCGCGAGCUCAAGAUCGAAACUAAUACCCGCUCCUCCCGAGCUAACUCCAAUGCAUCAUCAGCGUUGGAAAAUUUCGCUGCUCCACUGGCAAACCGCCCACCUCCACCACCAGCGCCGAAAGAUGACCCGUUGGCCCCCAGCACCCGUUCUAAUCUGCACCCGACACAACGUAAUCCAUCCAUCGGCUCUUUAAUGGAGCAUGUCAGCCUCUCCCAGUCCCGCACUCAUGAAGACGAUGAAAGUGACCUCCCCCCUUGCCGCUGUCGGCACGGCCCAUAG